AUGGAUGGCUGUGCCUAUGAAAUGCUGACUCCUCUUUCCAUAUCCAAUGUUGCAUUUAUUUAUGCAGUCAUUGCAACCCUCUUGAACUUUGUGAGGUUGUUCCGGAAAGCUCACGAAGAGAAUUGUAAACAGGCGGAGUUGGAGAAGAAGAAAGCUCAGAAGGAGGUUGAAAUGGAGAAGGCAAAGGGAAUUAAUCUAACAAAGAAAAGUGUAAAAUAG